GCCUGGAUUGGACUGUUCAGCAACCCAGGAGAAGAAAACAGGAUGUGGCAUUGGUCUCUGCCAGGGGUGAAAUACAAUGAACUUGAAACCAGAUGGGGACCUUCUGAAACAGAUGAUCUAUAUGAGAACUGUGUGAAGACAAGAGGAAACUGGACACAUGUCAGAUGUGACCAAAUGAUGUGGUUCAUCUGCUACGAUGGAAAGAAGAGAGAUGGUAAAUCGAUCCAUUUGAUUGAGGAGAAAAUAACCUGGACACAGGCUCAGAAAUACUGCAGAGAUCACUACACUGACCUGGCCAGUGGACUCGAUCAGGCGGAUGGGGAAGAAUUUAAGAUCCUGAAGCAGUCCAAGGACUCUCCGAUGAAUGUGUGGAUCGGCCUGUUCAGAGACACCUGGAGGUGGUCAGAUGGGAGCAAUUUCUCUUUCAGGCACUGGAAUAUGGAAACAUUUUAUGACGGACAAAACAACAAGAAAUGUGCUGUGACUCUGUUAAACAGAUCAGGAAAAUGGAGCUCUGAUGAAUGCAACAACAAAAAUCCUUUCUUCUGUUAUGAUGAUAAAUUGAUUCUGAUCAAUGAAAACAAGACCUGGGAGGAAGCCUUGGAUUACUGCAGACUGCACAACACUGACCUGGUCUCCAUCACUAACCCUCACCAACAGAGAGUGGUGGAGAGGAGAGCCAAGAAUGCCAGCAGUCCCUACGUAUGGGUGGGACUGCGCUACUCCUGCGUGAUGGAUCUGUGGUUCUGGAUCAAUGACAAACUAGUCUGCUACGAGAACUGGGCUGAUAACGGAAAGAUUGAUGAGUGUCAUAGGUGUGCAGCUAUGAAAAGAGGAGGACAGUAUCAGUGGUUCAGUCAAAGUGAAUAUGAGAAAUAUAAUUUUAUUUGUUCUAAACAAUAAGUUUUAAAUCUCUCUGACUCAC